AACAAAGCAACAACCUCGUCUCCACCUCCACAGCCGACCAGACCUGUGCGGGAUGCUCGUACCAGGUGUCUGCAGCUCCCCAGGCAAUCACAUCAUCAAUUGAACUCUCACCCAGGCCGCUCCUUCCAAUCCUGACGCUCUUCCCCACCCGGCCGCUGCUUCACGUGUUGUUGUCAGCUCCUGACAUCGCGAGCUGAGGCUGAACCACCACCCACCAUGGCCAAGGGAGAAAUCAUCACCAUCGGCAGCGCUGCCGCUGCGAUCGGCGGCGCCUACAAACUCGGACAAUUCUUAAUGAAAGCGAAGCACCUCAAGGAUGUUGGUCCCUCGAAUGCUGUUUACGUGCGCCUGAUCGGGCGCGUGCGCUCCGACCUCGACGAAGUGCGACGCCUGCUCUCUGUGCGCGAGGUCCACGACGCGCUCGAGUCCAACAUGGACAAGUCCAAGUGGGUGUACGGCUGCAUGCGCGAUGUGCGCGGCGCCCUGGAAAACAUCUCGCCGCACACGGAGCGCGUCGCCUCGGACAUUGACGACGGCCGCCGCGUUGGAGUCCGCCACCGCGUCUACUGGCUCCUCAGCGAAAAGGAGAAGCUGGAAAACCGGGAGAAAGAGCUGUUCGUUGCGCACACGAGUCUGUGCGAAGUCAUCGGUUACCUGGCCGGACUGGAGCCCGUCAAGGGCGCGCACAAGCCCGAGAAGGAGGAGAAGAAGGAGAAGAAAGAGAAACACGUCGACGUCGACGUCGAAGUCAAGCGCGACGCGCCCCAUACCGUUACCGAGCGCAUUGUCGACAGGGAAGUCUGGAUCGAGCGGGAUGCUCCACCCAGGCGUGCUGAGGAGCGCGACAUGCACAUGGAGCGCAACCACCAAGGCCCUCCUCGCUAUGACGAACGCGACGUCCAUCACGAUGAGCGUGGCCCCCGCUACCACGAUGAGCGUGGCCCCCGCUACCACGAGGAGCGUGGCCCCCGCUACCACGAGGAGCGUGACGUCCACAUCCAUCGUGGCGGCGAUCCCCGUUAUGAGGAGCGUGACAUCCAUAUCCGCCGUGAUGUCGAGCCCCGCUACGACGCCCAGUACGACGACCGCUACGAGCACCACGAACAGCACGAGCACCGCGCCCCCCACCCCGAGGAGAGGCAGCCCCAUGGUCGUGCGCCCUUCCCGCAACCUCUGGGUCGCCAUUCCGAGACUUUUGAGGACCGUGUCCCCGAGCGCGACACGUGGAUGCAGAACCGCCCGCAGUACGCAGAGUACGGCGCCCCGCAACCCAUCGGUGCCGCGCAGUUCCAUCGUAGGUUCCAUGGCGAUCCUGGGUUUGGCGACGAAGCGAUUAUUAAUCCGCAAGUAGUCCCGCCGAACCCGGACUACGCACAGCGCGAGAUGUGGAUUGAGGAGAAGGAGGAUUAUCGCUUUGAUCAGUAUGGAAAUCGUUUGCCGGAUCGCUUGUUUCAGCCAAUCUCUAGGCCGAAUCGUACUCGUUUGUAGAUG